AGAGACGACGAGAGACAGAUUCCCACCACCGCCGCUUCCUUCCUACACAGGUGAUAUAUAUUGCGAGCCGGCCGCGAUUCGGCACAAUAAUCCAGUCCGCCAUCAAAAGCGCCGCAGCAGCCCCGACCGCAAACCCCCAACCGCAACCAGCCAUGAAGGUGUUCGCUAUCCUCAUCUGCGCUCUUGCCGCCAUUUUCGGAGCUGAGGCCUACUACCAGGGUGCCCAGAGCUUCUUCUACCCCGGCCCCCAAUUCGGAAGCGGAUCCCUGCCCGGCGGAAGCAGUGACGUUGGACCCGUCGUGUUCCCCUCGGCGCCGUUGAGCUCCGAGACCAGCGGAGUCGUUCCCGGUGCCUCCGGCUAUGGAUUCGUCCAGCCUGGAGCCGGUCGCAGCUUCGGCAGGUCCGCCUUCCACGGAAACUGGUAAAGAAGAGUGCGCGCCCACGGCGAAGCCCCGAGAGUCGAUCGUGUGUGAUAUAUAUCCGUGUCGAAGUCUCAGCCUUGCAACAAAUCUAAAUGCAUUAUCACUCGUUAAACAAGCCGCAUCCAAUUCUUCGACUCAAUUUUCAUUUUGGAUGUUUUUCACAUAUUGAAAGCGUGAAAGUAGUACUGUGUAUGACUGUGUGCGAGUACAGAUCUCAGCAUGAAUGCUCAAAUGUCGACUGAGUUGAACGUGAGAGUGUGUGCAAGUUCAAAUAAUAUAUAUAAAUGUAUAUUUAAUAAAUUAUGAGCGAAAUAAAUAAUAUACAAAUCCAA